GAUGGUGUUGGCUCUAGCUUAUCUUUUAUGCUUUAUACAGAGUGCACUACACAGAUAUGAAAUUCAACCAGACGAAAUCUAUAAUCUUGAUCCUCAAAGUCCUUUUAAAGUAUCCUUUGAUGUAGCCGAAUACAUAUCAGAUGUUGAUGGUAUGGGUGUACUAAGUUUUUUUGAAGCAAUUAGAGCUUGUAAAUUAAGUUGUAAACUUAAAUUUUAUCAAGCUUCCUUGAGUGAAUUAUAUGGAAAAGUUAGAGAAAUUCCACAAAACGAGUAUCUUGAAUAG